CACGCACGCACGUAAACCUGCACCAUCAACAACAACCACCAUGCUGCGUCUCGGUUUGUGUUGGACUCGCAGAUGUUGUCAUGGUGUUGCGGUGACAACACCCACGGCGUUGGCACCAGCAUCGUCACAACACAGGGCGCUGAGCGGUGCCGCUUGCAGUGAAAGCAGAACAAGAAGAAGAAUACGUGGAUGCUCCACUGUUGUGUGUGACCGCAGUGGGAGUUUGAUGAGUGCGUGGUCUCUGCCACGAUCGCACGCUGCGCCACGGCUACACCAGCACCACCAACAGCAGCAGCCUGUGCACAGCAGCGCGCCGAGAGCCACCUACUCCACGCAUGCUGUCCCCCCAACAAAUGAAAUGCACCCCUGUGAACAAGGCGAAGUGCAGCAGCAGCAGCAGCAACAACAACAACAACAGUCACAGGAGCAUGGUCGGCCGCGAGUGCACAAACGUGGAGAGGGUGCACAGCUCAACUCCCGUCAACGGCGGCAGCACGGCAGCAGAAGUCAGAGUGAUGAGGUUUCUUCUGUGCAAGAGACAAUAUACAAGUUACUACAACAGGGCCAGUUCUCUGAAGCCAUUGGGCUGUGUCACACCAGCAAGCUGAGGAGGUUCUACACCAAGACGGCGUGGUAUCAGCUCACUGGCAUGCAGUUGGGCAAAUCCAUCGAGGCGGCCAAGGCAUUUGUGGAGGCAACGCCGCCAAGGCUGGCGCACCCCAUCAUCUUGCCUUACCUGCAGUUGCUGCUGCACCAGCUGGAUCCACCAAUCACGGAGGGCCCGAUGCCGUGGCUACAGAUGCCCUUGUUUGACCGGUCCCCGUUUGUUCGCAUUCCAGGGACGCCAGACUCCAGCGUGCGGCCCGACGUGCUGUCUCUCUUGCACCUGUGCGCGGAGCGGGGCGCUGUGACAAAGCCCGACGGCGGCGUGCUCCUCGACACGUGCAAGAGGUGGGACACGCGCACGGAGACGGCGAUGACGUUGCUGAGAAACGGGAUUGGGGUGCACCCACGCGUGUACAACGCCAUGCUGACAGCAUACAAGGACAGCGGCGACCACGCCAGGUGGCAAGCACUAAGCGCCUUGCUCGUCAAGCACAACUUGCUCAACACGCAGCUGACGACAUCCCUUCUCUCUAUCAUGUCCAAGGACGUGGACACGUACGCUCCAGAGCACAUGCUUGCCGUUUUCAAGGCAGAGCGGAAGCCGAACGUGCGCACGUACACGGCGCUGCUUGAUGGGAUGGCGCGGCGUGGGGAAGUGGACACCGCACUGGAGAUCCUGCAGGUGAUGCAGAAGAGCAGCAUGAAGCCAAACGCCAUCACCUUCUCCCUUGCGGCGCUGGCGUGUGCGCGCAGCAACCGCACACACGCGCUUGUGCAGGUCCUCAACAUGAUGCACGCGCAUGGUAUGAGCAUCUCCACGGACGUAUUCGCCUCCAUCAUCGCCAACGUCGCCGCGCACAGCACGCUGACAGAGACGGACCGGGUCUGGGAUCUGUGCACGGGCGCGUUUGGUGUUGUUCCUGACGUCCGCUGCUACACAGGCAUCAUCCAUGCCCACCUUCUUCGGAGCCAGCACCACCGCGCUGUGGACUACAUUGCGGAUAUGCACGCACGUGGUGUGAAGCCCGACGGUCCACUGCGCCGCCUCAUCAAGCGCAAGCUCCCCUCGGAUUACGCCCACAUGGUUCACAGCCGCGGCCAGGCCACAUAAUUGAAAUGCGUAUGUGUGUGUGUGUGUGUGUGUGUGGACGU